UAUCCCUGUUCUGUUUUUCUUCUCAGGUUCUCAGUAAACAGAAGGAUAUUUGUGGUUGGGUUCGGUCUCUACGGCUCUAUACACGGACCCACAGACUACCAAGUUAACAUACAGAUCAUUCACACAGACAGUAACACGGUGCUGGGCCAGAACGAUACAGGCUUCAGCUGUGAUGGGUCUGCAAACACCUUCAGAGUCAUGUUCAAGGAACCAGUGGAGAUAUUACCCAACGUCAACUACACUGCCUGUGCUACACUAAAGGGCCCAGAUUCUCAUUAUGGGACUAAGGGAAUGCGAAAAGUGACACACGAGUCAUCAUCCACUGGCACCAAGACGUGUUUCACCUUCUGCUACGCAGCAGGCAACAACAACGGCACUUCUGUAGAGGACGGACAGAUUCCUGAGGUCAUCUUCUACACAUAGUCCUCUCUGACAUAGCAACGAUCUUCCAUCAAAUGUGACAACCUGACACCAGCCCGGGGCCACACCUCAGCAGCCGUACUGGGGACUAAUCUCUCAGACAUCAUACUGUUCCCUCCAUAUAGUGCACUACUGUCGGCCAUGUGGGAGGCCAAACAGCCGUAAAGCGGAGUAGGUCACUACAUGGGGCAUAGCUUGUCAUUUGAGACGCUGUCGCUCUCUUUCUCAGUGGCUUCCUUUAUCCCUUUGUGUUGUAGUGAUGCCAGCCUCUGAUACAGACAUGACUGUAACCGACUCCACAAAGGAAGGAGAAGGGGAGGGAGGAGCUUCUCAGAUUAUUCACAGUAUUGAUGUCACUGCUGUGGAUUGACUAUGUAAAGCUUGACACAGAAUUCAACUUAAGCUGUACAAUUCCCCUUCCUGCUCUCCAAAUCAUUAGCGCAAAAGGAGAGUCACAACUGUAUGAAUGUACAGUUUAUCAUAUUUGCCAAGACAAGUUCCUCAUCACCGUUAAGUAGAGACCAGCAUUUCACUCAAUUCCAAAUCCGCUGUAACUUCCACAGACUCAUAGACCUCAUGGCUUUAUGAACUCUUGGUGAAUUUGAACCAAUCUCCACAUUAAUCUUAACAACAUGAUCAUGAUAAGCAAUUUUUGGGGUUUCUACAUACAGUGCAAUCUGUGAUAUCUUGUGUCCUUGCUUGGUAGUUGCCUAUACCCAAGAUACCUUGCACUUCUUGGCCUUGCAUAUGUUCAUUUGGUUGUUGUUUGAAUGCACACUAACUCUUCAGAUAUGUUUCUUUCUAGCUUUGUUUUAAAAAGUGUGGGCGGAAGAGCUUUCCCUCUUGGUGCGGAAGUUAAAGUGUUGUAUAUUAAAGUGGCAUUUAUUAACAUUAUAUAUGUAACUUGAAAUAACUAUUGAUUAAAGAGUGCGGAAAAUGUA